AGCGGUACUUGAAAUUAUUGUUCUAAAAUUCAGAACUCAUAAAAUUAAAAUCUCUGACUCCGACUACAAUGUACAUACAUAUAUGGUCAUCACAUAUGUUGUAAGAGUAGUAGAGAGGCAAAACAGGGAAGAAAGAGAGAGAGAAUGCAAGGAGACAAAUCAAAUGACAUUUACAGAGAGUGCUUAAGGAACCAUGCAGCCAGCCUGGGUAGUUAUGCCACUGAUGGCUGUGGAGAAUUCACACUUGAUGACAACAACACUUCCCCCGGAGGCAGCAGCAACUUAAACUGCGCUGCCUGCGGCUGUCACCGUAACUUCCACCGCAAGUUCACUUGUGGUGCUAGUUACAGCAACAACAACAACAUUAGCCGCGAUGAUAAAGAAAUCAUCGCGGCUGAUUAUCGCCUGGCCACUACUGAAGAGUCGCCUGCGGUUUCAGAGAGGAGCGGGAAGAAGAGGUUUAGGACGAAGUUUACAACAGAUCAGAAGGAGAAAAUGCUGGCAUUUGCGGAGAAAUUGGGGUGGACGUUACAAAGGAAAGAUGAGGAAAACGAGACUGACAGAUUUUGCAGAGAGAUAGGGGUAAGUAGAAAAGUGUUUAAAGUAUGGAUGCAUAAUCAUAAGAAUAAUUCUUCCUCUGUAUCCAGUACUAUUACUGGUAAUAAUGCAUCUUCUCUUACUCAAUAAAAGGUCUAAUUUAAUUUUUACUU